AUGGGUGGUGCCAAGAAGGUUGUGAUCUCUACUCCUAGUAAGGACGCCCCCAUAUUUGUUGUGGAUGUUGUAAAGGAAUACAAGCCAGAAUUGGACAUUGUCUCCAAUGCUACUUGCACUACUAACUUCCUUGCACCUUUGGCCAAGGUUAUCAAUGAUAGGUUUGGCAUUGUGGAGGAUCUCAUGAGCACUGUCCACUCAAUGUCAACCUCCCUAAAUAUUGUUGAUGGUCCAUCCAUGGAGGACUGGAGAGGUGAAAGAGCUUCUUCAUUCAACAUCAUUCCUGGCAGCACUGGUGUAACCAAGUUUUUCAAGGCCUUCUCAAAGUUCUUGCUAGUGUAG